AUGUUUGCCUUCUAUGGAUACUCAUGUAGUGUCCCCAGCUCGUGCAUCAAUGGCGUGCUGGAGUGCUCUGACCAUGGAAAGGAUGCACGAAGCUACCUUGCCCACGGAACAGGCGAAUGUCACGCGGUCGGCGACCCGCAUUACAUCUCUUUCGAUGGGGCCUACUUCGAUUUCCAAGGAGACUGCAGUUACAUCCUCGCACAGGACUCAUCCGUCAAUCACACGUUCGAUGUCAUCGCCUCGAACGUGAUGUGCGGAAGUUCGGGAGUGACGUGUACAAAGGAUGUAGAGAUUGUUCUUCAGCAGUCGAUCAAUAUUCGUCUGCUGCGUGGCCGUCACGUCGUGCUCGCUAGGACAAUUCACAUGUGUAAACGGAAAUGCGUGAACGAACCACCAACAGCCACCUACAACUACACAGUCACCUACAACUACGGCACCAGUACCCACAACAUAUCCACCUACAACUACACAGCCACCUACAAAUACGGUACCAGGAACCACAACACAGCCACCCACAACAACGGCAAUAGGAACCACGACACAGCCAUCUACAACUACGGAACCAGAGUUCGUAUCAUCUUGGACCCGAUGCAUAAGGGCAGCGUGACUGGCUUGUGCGGAAACUACGACGGAAUCGGAACAAACGACUUCACCUCGGCGAGCGGGGUCGUCGAAACCAUCCCGCAACUGUUCGCCAACUCGUGGAAAAUGUCGUCAUCUUGCGCUGACGUCAUCAACGAAACGCACUCGUGCGAGUCGGCGGGAUCGGCCCGCGCUUCAUGGGCUUACAGAUCAUGCAACUUUAUCUACAAUGACAUAUUCGAAGACUGCGUCGCAGCUCUGGGUGACAUCUUGGUCCAGCAAUACCACUCCAACUGCAUUUACGAUGCUUGCGGACAAGAUUGUCACCUAAGAUUUGUACCUAAGAUUGUUCUCUACCGAUACAAGAUUGUCACCUAA